AAUUGUGCUUACCUCUUCAAUUUUGAACAUCGGCAAUUUGUCAAAAUAACUUUUUUUGUUCGUCCACUAAAAUACUAUGAGUUAUAUGUAGUAAAAUUCUAACUUCAGUAAUCCACACAUUUUCUCAUUUUUGACGAAUUUUUUAUGGGUUAUGGGUUAUGGGCAUCACUGAUCAACUCAAUAGCAUCAUUUGAAUGAUUCAAACAUUUCCUUAUUUUUGAUAAUUGUUUUCAAAAUUACAUAUUAAAUUUCGAGUACUGCGAAACACGUGGCUCCAUCAUGAAUAAUGAGAGAUUGACGUCACUGAAGUGUUUCCACAUUUGACGUACCUGCCUAAGUUAGGUAAUCUAUUAUUUUUACUAAUAGUUAAAAAAAACUUGAUUAAUUCAACGACGAGCUAAUUUAUGUGUUUUGAAUUUUUUGGUUGUUUACAUUGCUAUUCCAUCCUUUGAUUAUUAUAGCAGUACUAUAUAUAAUCAAAGAUUCCAUCAUAGUACCUAUGCAUUUUUGAGCUAGUAAAUUUAGGUUCCAACGUCAUUUCUAUUCAUGAUUUGUAAUUGUAAGGUUUGCUGGAUUUAUAGAAUAGCUACCUAUAGUUAGAGUAUUCUAGACCUUAUUAUAGUUCAUUUCAAUUACCUACGUACAGAUUUUUAUUAAUUUUAGGCACGAUUGAUUGAUUAAUUGAUUGAUUGCUUCGGUAGAACUGCAGAUAAAUCAAGAUUAAAAAAUAAUUUUCGUUCAAUUUUGUCUGGCAAGAUAACUCCAGUAACAAAUUAAUCUUUUUUCAAAACCGAAUGAAAAUACGUUUCAUGGUCUUCACAUCCAAGAGUUACAAGCAAUUGUGAAUUAACAUCUGUUAGCUGUAUUGUAAAAUUCAAGUGAUUUGCAUAUUUUUUCUGAACCCUCAUAAUGGCAAAAUUACACAAUAUUGUUAACAUGUUUGAAAACCAAGCUGUUUCACAAUCCAACAAAGCGGCGUUGAUUUUUGAAUCUGAAACCAUCACUUAUCGUCAACUAAAUGAAAAAGCUAACCAAUUAGCAAAGCACUUGAUUGCAGCUGGUCUUACUCGAACAUCUGUGGUGGCACUUUGUGUGGAGCAGUGUCCAAAUCGUGCCAUAUUUAUGCUGGCAGCGUGGAAAGUUGGUGCCAUUAUAGUCGCAUUGGAUCCAGAGUAUCCCGAAGCUCAUAUGAUUUCCAUUCUAGAAGACACUCGAUCUUCAUUAUUGCUAACAUCUGACAAAUUGUUGGAUAAAUUCGGCAACUAUAAAGGAAAAAUUAUUGUACCAGAAAGUGAAAAACAUCUAAUAGCAGAUCAUGACGCAGGCAAUUUGCAUACCAUCAUUUAUCCAGAGGAUAAUAUUUACAUUAUCUAUACAUCAGGAAGUACUGGAAAGCCCAAGGGAGUAGUUGUACAACAUGGUGCCGUUUUCAAUUGCUUGAAGAAUUAUAUCGACACUACGGGUAUUUCAACUGAAAAUACUGCUGUGCAGUUAUUGACUUACUGUUUCGACGUUGUAUAUGUAGAAAUAUGGGCUCCAUUAUUAGUAGGUGCAACGUUACAUCUGUACCCUAACAACAAGAUUGUCGGUGCACCUCUGUUACAAUUUUUGAAUCGGUACAAAGUUGAUUUUAUUCCAAUGAUUACUCCAACCUUACUAGCUACCCUUCCUAUGGAUGAAUCAAUUGAUAAUCUGAAGGCGAUGUGUAUAGCUGGGGAAGUAUGCCCUGAAAAAGUACUUCAGCACUGGCUUAGCAAAGUUGAAAUAUUCAAUAUUUAUGGUCCUACGGAAACUACAAUUGGGGUUACUUGUCAUAAAUACCAGCAAGGACAAUCUGCCAGGACAAUAGGCAAGCCCUUACCUGGUGUGGAAUUCUAUGUGCUCGAUUCAAACAUGCAACCUUUGCCAAUUGGCAAGUCUGGUGAACUAUACAUCAGUGGACUUCAGUUAGCCCAAGGAUAUCUGAACAGGGCUGACCUAACUGCCAAGCAAUUUCCUCACGUACAGGUUGGUGGACAAAUGAAACGCCUGUACAAAACUGGUGACAUAGUAAAAUUGCAGGCAGAUGGAAACGUGGAAAUUUUAGGAAGAAUUGAUGAUCAGAUUAAAAUACGAGGAUAUCGCGUAGAAUGUGGGGAAAUUGAGUGUGCAAUUAAUAGCAUAGAUGGUGUUAGGCAAGCAGUUGUUGUUGUAAUGAAUACAAUAAAAUAUGGAAGGCAGGCAUUAUCUGCCUUUGUAGUAUUGAACCAUCUUCAAGUUGAUCAAGAUUUAGAGAUAAAAAAGAUCCUGAAGAAAUUGAGAGACACCCUACCUUCCUACAUGAUACCAUCUAAGAUAAAGUUUGUAAAUGAAUUACCGUGUUCAAACACAGGAAAAGUAGACAGAAAAAUAUUGCAGGCAGCUGAGAGGGAAGAGCAUAUCACUUUAGAUGGCAUAAAAAGUGAUGACAUCGAGGGUAUAAUUACUGCCAUAUGGACAAAUGUAUUGCAGAUUCCUAAUAUCAAACCUUCGGAUGAUUUUUUCUGUUUGGGGGGAAAUUCGUUCGAUGUUAUGCAUGUUGCGGUAUCACUUCCGGAACAUCUCAAAAGAAUAGUCACAGCCAAAGAUCUUUACCUUCAUCCCACAGUAGAAAAGCUAUCUGGAUUUUUAAGAGAACACCUUUACAGACCUUCAACAGAAAAUGAGAAAAUUGAGACAGUAAAAAAUAUCAUGUUUUCUGACAUCAAACUAGAGACUGAUUAUGAAUAUCCGACCAACAUUAACCCCAAUGUCCUACUGAAUCCCAAAAAGAUACUGAUUACUGGAGUUACUGGGUUCUUAGGCUCACACUUAUUGAUAGAACUACUGAACAGCACAUCUGCACAUAUUUAUUGCCUGAUCAGAGCUGAAGAUGAACAUGAUGCUAUGGAUAGGCUAAAAUGGACAAUCACUGAGAGAAACAGAAUGCCAUGGCCAAAACAUAAUGUUGAUCGCAUUAUACCUUUAGUCGGUGAUUUCUCUCAACAGUUUUUAAAACUAUCUCAACAAGAAUACACAAAACUGACUAAAGAAAUAGAGAUCGUUUACCAUUUGGGUGCAAAUGUCAGCUAUCUUCCACCUUACCAAAUACUGAAACCUACAAAUAUCGAUGGUACCCAACAUAUCAUCAAGUUUGCCACCACCAGCAAACUGAAAUACUUAAUUGCAUGUUCUACCGUGUCUGUUUUCUCAUUUGCCCAUUUGUUUACUGGAAAAGUAAGAACGUACGAAGAUGACGACCUUGACCAGAAUCUUCCAGGUAUUUGCAGGGAUCUUGGUUAUGUGCAGAGCAAAUAUGUUGCAGAAAAACUUUUAGAAAAAGCUAUACAAAAAGGAUUGCCAGUAAUUAGAUUUCGACCUGGUUUACUUUUGUGCCAUAGUGAAACUGGAGUUUGUGAUGAGAAACAGUGGGGUGCAAUGGUAAUAAAGUGUUGCUUAUCCAUAGGUGUUUUCCCAUCAAUUCUGGAUUCGAGAGAGCAACUAGUCACAGUAGACUUUGUUGCAAAAGCUAUCUCAUGUAUAAGUAAAGACAAAAAUGCAGUAGGUAAAAAUUUCAGUUUGACCCCACAUCCAGUACACGAUAUUACAAAUACUGGCCUGUUUAACAAAUUCAACGAAUACUUCCAAAUGAACCUGGUCCCUGCAGAUUUUCAAGACUGGUUGGACAUUUGGAAAACAGACAAGCACAACCCUUUAUUUGGUUUGGUUAAUCUCUUCACAGAACCGCUGUAUAAGGGUAAAUGUUUGAUAGAAUUGUAUGAACAGUGUUACUACCAUGAGAUAAAGAAUACAGAGAAGUUCUUGAAAGGUAGUGGUAUAGACAUAUCUUCUCCCCUGAUUACUAAAGAAGUUCUGUCAAAUUACCUUGAUUUUGUGCAAAUACCACACUGAAUAUAUUAUCAUAGGCAGGGCUUUAAUCCCAUACCCACCAGAUAAAACUAGGUAUUUUGAAUCCAUGCACCCGAUCCCUAUUAGGACUUUGAGAAACAAAACUGGGCUCAUAUAUACCUACUAUGGUUCAUAUUUACUAAACUUUUGUGAGGCAGGCAGUGUACUUGCUAAGACAUUGGACUUAAGAAUAAGAUAAUUAUUAAUAAUUAGAUUAAGCUAUGGAUUAAAAUGGGUAUUUACGUACCUAGCUCGUAGUUGAUUCAUUUUUUUUGGGUCAUAAAUUAAAUUUAAAUAUAUACAAUAAGCUUGCACUUGGAACCAAAAUAUUGCCGGUAGCCCCACAAUGUUUUCCAAUUUUAGUAUAAGUUGUUGAUUUUAAAAAUAAAAUUACUAAAUCGAA